UUUGGCAUAUAUUGAUCUGGAUCAAGCUAAGAAAGAUCAUGGCGGCAUGUAUGAAUUCUGCUAUUCAGUCGCUAAUCCUACGUUUACAUGAAAUAAAUGCAGUUAAAUUUGGAGAUUUUAAGUUGAAAAGUGGGAUACAAUCACCUGUUUAUUUUGACCUCAGAGUCAUAAUAUCCUACCCAGAUGUUAUGGUAAAUGUUGCUAAUCUUUUGUGGGAAAAAGUAGCACAUUGCAACUACCAAUCUGUAUGUGGCGUCCCAUACACAGCACUCCCAUUUGCUACUAUCAUAUCAGCAGAGCGCCAUGUCCCAAUGCUUAUUCGCAGAAAAGAAGCCAAAAGUUAUGGCACAAAAAAACUAAUAGAAGGCAAAUAUGAGGAUGGUGAUAUUUGUCUUAUUAUAGAGGAUGUUGUUUCCAGUGGAUUAAGUAUCAUGGAGACUGCUGAGGCCUUAAGCAAUGAAGGUGUGAUUGUUAAAGAUGCAGUAGUGUUAUUAAACAGGGAGCAAGGUGGCUAUGAAAAACUCAAAAAGGCUGGCAUAGAACUGCAUAGUGUAUUCACCAUCACUGAUGUGCUCACUGUCCUGAAAGAUGCUGACAAAAUGUCUGCCGAGACAGUUGAUAGGGUUACAAAUUAUAUCACCCAAAACAGAUUCAACCCUGGUCAAGCUAUUCAGAAUGAAGCUAACCCUAAAACCUUAGCCUAUGGUGAAAGAGCAGUAUUGUGUUCUAAUCCUGUCACUCAGCGUCUCUUCAAAGUAAUGGAGGAAAAGAGAACCAAUCUAGCACUCUCUGCUGAUGUUACAGACUGCAAGCAGUUGUUACAGCUUGUUGAUAAAACUGGUCCUUAUAUUUGUAUGGUGAAAACACAUGUUGAUAUUCUGGAAGAUUUUAGUGAAGAUUUUAUUGCUCAACUCAAACAAUUGGCAGACAAACACAACUUUGUCAUAUUUGAAGAUAGAAAGUUUGCUGAUAUAGGUAACACCGUAGUCCAUCAGUAUACUAGAGGGCUGUAUCACAUCAGUGAAUGGGCUCAUAUCAUCAAUGCUCAUUUGUUGCCUGGACCUGGCAUUGUGCAGGGAUUGAAACAGGCAGGUCUUUCUAAAGGCAGAGGCUGCCUUCUUAUUGCUGAAAUGAGUUCUGUAGGAAACUUGGCAACAGGGGAAUAUACUGAAGCUUGUGUGAAAGUUGCACAAGAAAAUAAAGAUUUCAUCAUUGGCUUUAUUUCAUUGAGAAGUUUAUCAGCUGAUCCAGAACUGAUUCACAUGACCCCAGGUGUCCAGUUAGAAGAAGCUCAUGAUAAUCUAGGACAACAGUAUUUGACCCCUUCAGAAGUGAUUACAAAGCGGGGCACUGACAUUAUCAUUGUAGGUCGUGGAAUUUAUCAAGCCAAGGACCCAGCAGUGGCUGCAAGGCAGUACCAGUUGGCAGGAUACGAUGCUUACAUUGCUAGAUUGACCGAUACUUUGACAUCAUGAGUUUUGUAGUAUAUAGGAUUUCAAAUGUUACAAAUGGAUGGUCAAAAUAUGAUUUGUGUAAAUUAACAUUGACUUGAAAUUGAUUUCACUUCAGAUAUUAUGACUGCUAGAGUUUCUAACUACUUAAUAACUAAUUGGCUUCCGGAAUGCAGCCUGUAAAUGUUAGUCCUGAUUCAUUAGCACAACAUAAAGUAUUUUCAUUUUUAGGUUUCCAAAUAAGUAAUUGUGAAUUUUCACUCAAUAUUUUCUAAAUUGAAAACUGAAAUCAUCAAACUAUUUAGUUUAACACCCAACAUUUCAUCCGGGUCAUUAGAGCAAGCUGUAUUUUAUGCCAUAUUAUACUAUUGAAUAGGAUGUCAUGACAAAAAGGCAGAAAUGAAUGUUAGUAUCAAGAUCUAAUUAUCACUUAAAUAUUGGAAACAAAAAAUGUUUAGUACAUUUCAAAUAGAAAAGAAAAUUUGAACAUUAAAAUGAAGAAAAAAAACAACACAUUUAGCACAUUAACCAAACAACCAAUCAAAAACUCAGGACAUAUGAAGUCUCCAGUUAAUAUUUCUUUUUUGUUAUAGUUCUAGUCUCUUAAAUGUUUCACUAUAAAUAUGUACUUAGUGCAAACAAUUCAUGAACAUAUCAUUCUCUAAAUAUUUCAUGUUUUUUUUUUCUUUCUGAAAAUGUAAAACAUAUUUUACUGCUAUCUCACAUUUAUUGUAUUUUGUAGCCAUUUAAAUUCUGAAAUGUUUAAAUUGUAAAGGUUUAAAUUGUAAAGGUUUAAAAUAAAACUUUAUAGUUG